UCGAGCUGAACUCAGACAGCAGCACCUGGACUGUCCUCGACUACAGGCCGUACAAUAUUAAUGGUCUAGAAAUGAUCACUUUCCAUUCAAAUGCUCUCACUGUCUCGUAGCAGUCUAUGCACUCGAAACCGUAAGCCUGAUGUGGGUUGUUUGUUUAUUUGUCACUGCCGCGUCUUGUAUUUCGUAUUUUAUUAAGAUUGAGCAUGAUUAGCGGUAAUUUGGGCUUCUACACAUGAUGACCUUCCUCAUCCUCAUCCUCGCUGAGCAUGGCGGAGUCAGAUGGUGUGGAGUUCAGUGCGAGUCGAGCUCAAAGCAGGGCCGGAUUUAACCGUGCAAACCCUCUUUUGGUGUUAAAAACUAUACUGCCCGGAUUCACUAAAGACACACGCAUGGCUAACAACAAGAAUAGUACGCUCCGUUGUACUUUCUCGGCCCCCAGCCACAGCAACACUCUCCUGAGGGGACUGUCUGCGCUGCGCGAUCAAGGUCAGUUGUUGGAUGUGGUUCUGGCCAUUGACAACGAGCGGUUUGAGGUUCACAAAGCGGUUUUGGCCUCCUGCAGUGACUACUUCAGAGCCAUGUUUACUGGAGGAAUGAAGGAGUCAAACCAGAACACCAUCGAGCUAAAAGGUCUUUCAGCCAGAGGACUGAAGCACAUUAUUGAUUUUGCCUACAGUUCUGAGGUCACUCUGGACUUGGACUGCAUUCAGGAUGUUCUUGGUGCAGCCGUCUUCCUGCAGAUGGUGCCUGUGGUGGAGCUUUGUGAGGAGUUCCUGAAAUCGGCCAUGAGCGUUGAGACUUGUCUAAACAUUGGCCAGAUGGCCACUACUUUUAGCCUCUCUUCCCUUAAGCAGUCAGUCGAUGCGUUCACGUUUCGUCACUUCCUGCAGAUAGCUCAGGAGGACGACUUCCUUCACAUUCCAAAGGAACGACUGGUUUUCUUCCUUCAGAGCAACAAGUUGAAGAACUGUAGCGAGAUCGACUUGUUCCACGCGGCAAUCCGCUGGCUGCAGCAGGACGCGUCCAGACGAGCGGCGGCCAGCGAAGUGCUCUGUCACGUGCGCUUCCCGCUAAUGCGUUCGUCUGAACUUGUGGACAGCGUCCAAACUAUUGACAUCAUGGUGGAGGAUGUGCAAUGUCGACACUUUCUCCUAGAGGCCUUCAAUUAUCAGAUCCUUCCAUUCCGACAGCACGAAAUGCAAUCGCCGCGAACUUCCAUUCGCUCGGACGUAACUUCGCUGAUUACGUUCGGUGGAACGCCCUACACCGACAACGAUCGGACCGUCAGUGGCAAAGUCUACUAUUUGCCCGACGUCACGGUGCGACAGUUCAAAGAGUUGACUGAAAUGGAGAUGGGAUGCAGCCAUGCGUGUGUGUCGGUUCUUGACAAUUUUGUGUACGUCGUGGGUGGGCAGCAUUUGCAGUAUCGCAGUGGAGAGGGUGCAGUCGACGUCUGCUUCCGCUACGAUCCCCAUCUGAACCAGUGGCUUCGAAUCCAAUCCAUGCAGGAGAGCCGCAUUCAGUUCCAACUCAACGUAUUGCAUGGACAGCUUUACGCUACCGGAGGACGCAACAGGUCUGGCAGCUUGUCCUCUGUAGAGUGCUAUUGUCCGAGGAAAAACGAGUGGACUUAUGUGGAUUCCCUCAAGAGGCGGAUAUGGGGUCACGCUGGAGUGACGUGCGGCGAGAAACUCUACGUCUCAGGAGGUUACGGGGUAUCUGUGGAGGAUAAGAAGACUCUCCAUUGCUAUGAUCCGACCCCGGAUCAGUGGGACUUCAAGUGUCCCAUGAAUGAGCCAAGAGUUUUGCAUGCUAUGAUCAGUGUGAACAACCGUAUUUAUGCUCUCGGUGGCAGAAUGGACCAUGUUGACCGCUGCUUUGAUGUGCUAGCUGUAGAGUAUUAUGUUCCAGAGACCGAUCAAUGGACAACAGUCAGUCCAAUGCGAGCUGGUCAAUCAGAGGCUGGCUGCUGUCUGCUGGAUAAAAAGAUCUAUAUUGUCGGAGGAUACAACUGGCACCUGAAUAACGUCACUAGUAUUGUGCAAGUUUAUAAUACAGAGACAGAUGAGUGGGAAAGAGAUCUUCAUUUUCCAGAAUCUUUUGCGGGAAUAGCUUGUACACCUAUUGUACUUCCUCAAACAACCACCCAGCGCUAAGCACUUAUUGCAUUUGCUGUUCAUUUAGGCUAAAGUUUCCAGUCCACCCAGACUGAAGUGAAAGUAAUGGUAUAAUUGGCUUUGUCUUACUGAAAAGCCAUAAGGUUAUGUCUUUAUUGUUGAAGCAUGCAUGAUUGAAGGUUUGUUCACACACAUGAAAGCACACUUUUUGAGAAUGUAAAGCAUCUUUCUAUACACUUCUCAAGCAGUAUUGUCGUCUAUGGCCCUUCUUGUAGAUUGCCACGUUUCAUACUAAUGAGGGUUUGUACAAGUCCCUAUGGGAUUUGCACUGAUGGCAGACUUGAAUGGACCCACAACAUUGGAGCAAUGUCAUCACGUCUUCAUCUUUUUGAAUAUCUUACACGUAUUCACAACACACCAUAAACUUCCAGAAGUAUAAUGCAAGUUUAUAACGCAGAGACGGAUGAGUGGGAAAGAGAUCUUCAUUUUUAAGAAUCUUUUGAGGGAAUAGUUUGUUACACUUAUUGUACCUCCCCAAACAACCACCCAGCACUAAGCACAUUGUCUUUAUAUUUGAUUUUUGAGAAUGUGAAGCAUCUUUCUGCACACUUCUCAUGCAGUAAUGUUGUAUUUGGCCCGUCUUGUAGAUUGCCCCGUUUCAUACUAAUGAGGGUUUCGUACAAGUGCCUGUGGGAUUUGCAUUGAUGACAGACUUGAAUGGGCCAGCAACACUGGGGCAAUGUCAUCAUGACUUCAUGAAGGAUUUAUGGCCUGUUCUCAUGGUGUGACUAAAUAAACGAAACUUUAUUCCAAUUUGUGUCAUUUUCUGAAAUUUUGGAUAGCUCAAUGAACUGGUUGACAUCUAAACAAUUAAAAACAAUGAGUUGGCAGAACUUUAUACUUGCAGUAUGAUACUUUGAAUUUGGUCCGCCAUCUACAAUUUGGACAAAAUUGUCCGCUUUGCCAGCACUUAAUGAAGACGCUCUAUGUUUAAAAUAUUGAACUUUAGCACGCUCUUCUCAAGAUGUAAAGCUGGCUCUGGUUCUUCUUGUAGAUUACCAGUGUGUGAAUCUCUUGUGUACAGAUCAGAUCUCUGUAUAACAGCUUUGGAUGCAGAUGGUCCCAAGCACAGCAUAAGCCCAUAUUCCUCUAAAUUAGACAUGAUCUUGAGAGUUAAUGCAAAACAGUAGACCUGAUCUAUAUGUUGCACUUUUCAGGCAAAUUCACGUUUGUUUUGUGAUCAUUUGUAGAAACACCACUAGCAAGAUGUAGUGGCAGGUGUGUUGAUAUAUUUUGUGAUGCUUUAUUAACCUAUUUUGUGACAAGUUCCUGAUAUCAGUUCUCUUUCAUCAUAAUCCUCAUUUUUUAAAAGGUUUUGUAUUAAAUACUGGCAAAUUAUUUCAGAGAUCUUUGCUACCAUGAAGAAGCAGAGCAGCAGUGGAGGUAAAAUUCUCAUGACUCAGUUUUGUCAUUGUUUUAAUUUCUAACAAUUUAGGGGACAUUUAAAAUAUUAAUACCUCAUUGUAAUAUUUUUUACUCUAUUCAGUUAUUUUUUACUGGAUAAAAAUGUACCUACCUACCUACAGUUUUUUUUUUUUCCUUUUUUUCUCUCACAAACUAAAUGAGCACAUUUCAUUACGCACUUUAAUAUUCAACGUGGUAAAUCAGUGAUUUGAAUACUGAACAAUUAAGGUGCAUUGUUUUCUCUGAACAUGUAAUUUACACUGUAUAUACAGUAUUACACAGUAGGGACUGGAUCAAUCACAUGGAACUAUGGCACAAACUUUUUGUAAUGAUAUUGUGUUGGCAUGUUUUCAGAGUAUGAAUAUGUAUAAAAAACAAACUACAUGCUAGAAAAAACCUAGUGUUUUUUUAUGCAUUUAAUAGUAUGAUUUGUUCGAUUAUUAUUACAUUUAUUUGUUAAUGUUUUUUAAGGUGUUAAAAACAUUUGUUCUUUCCAACAACACAAUUACAUUUUGUGUAUGUAUAUAGAUAGGUAAUUUACCAUGAUUACAGCAGUAAAUGACGGUCACCCUUAGCUCAGGACUCAUUUACAUGCUGAUUUAAAAUGGCAACAUAAAUAUGGACAAUAUCUGGUAAGACUUUUGAGUAAUCUAGCUGGGUCUUAUGAACAAAUGGCCUUUAAUCUUGUACUUGCGUCACAGAUCAGCCUUAAUCAACCUGAUAAAAGCACCUGCAUAAUGGCAGGGUGCUGUUUGGUUCUAUGUAAACAACAAUUUCCUUAAUUCUGGAAUUUCAACAAGCUUUUACAAUUUAUUUUUUUCAUUGUUGUCAAUUUUCAAUUUCAAGAAAAUUGUUUGUGUAAGUGCAUUUAUGAACAUCUGAAAUUUAUAGCAUGUGGUUACAUCCCAAAAAUGUAUUUUUUUUUUUUGUCCUGUUCUAAUUUUGAUGUACAAAGUUACGUGUUAAACUUUCAAGUGUGUGGUAUAAUUAAUAAAUAACACUGAAUGUAUUUGUAUUGGUAGCAUUUUUUGCAUUUAUCCUUUUACACAUUUGUCUUCCAUGUGUGAAAUUACAUUUGUGUUCUUGUUUUAUCCAUCAUGUUGUGUCUGUUACAGUGUGGUCUAAAUAAAAAUACCCAAAAAUGUCA